AAGUUCCCUUUGAAGGUUUUCUGUCAACACAAAAUUGAAAACAAAAAAGCCGAUGUUUGUAAGUAUUACGCUUCCAAACAUUCGCUACCCGGUCCGGAUCCGGUUCUCAUGUUCAUAUGCUCUUUAGUCUUUGGUUUAUAUCUUUGACAGUUAACUUAUCCUGCACUAAGUAAAAUAAAAUGCCAUUCUUUAGUGGACGCUGCUUGAGCACAGCCAAGUUGGUCGGUAACACUGCUGUAAUUACGGGAUGUAGUUCCGGAAUAGGCAAAGAGACUGCUUUAGACUUUUAUAAAAGAGGAGCAAGAGUAAUUAUGGCCUGUCGUGAUUUGGAAAAGGCAGCAGUUGUCAAGUCUGAAAUAGAGGAAAAAUGCAAGCAUGUUGCAGAGACAGGCAAGCUGGUACUUGUAAAAUGUGAUCUAGCUUCUUUGAAGUCUGUCCGGGAAUGUGCCGUAACAAUAUUAGACACUGAACCACAGAUUAAAAUCUUAGUUAAUAAUGCUGGGGUCAUGAUGUGCCCUAAGAGUUACACAGAAGAUGGGUUUGAAAUGCAGUUUGGGACAAACCACUUGGCGCACUUUUUGUUAACUAUGCUCCUUCUGCCCCGCAUGAGGCACAGCACUCCAGCAAGGAUUGUUACUGUGUCCUCUGCAGCCCAUACCAGAUAUGGUAUCAACUUCGAUGACUUAAAUUAUAAAAAUAGGUCAUAUAGUCCUGCAGAAGCUUAUUCUCAAAGCAAGCUUGCAAAUGUUUUGUUCUCUAAGGAACUGGCUUCUAAAUUGAAGGAACAUAACAUUGAUGGUGUACGUACAUACAGUUUGCAUCCAGGUGUAAUAAAAACUGAAUUGGGUAGACAUUUAGAUGACAGCUUGUUUUGGGGAGCCCGGCGACUAAUUGGCAUAAUGUUUAUGCCAUUCCUUAAGUCUCCUGAACUUGGUGCUCAAACAACCAUAUAUUGUUCGGUUGAUGAAAAAUGUGCAGAUGAAACUGGCUUAUAUUACAGUGACUGUGCUGUUAAAACCCCUGCCAGAAAGGCUCUAAACGACGAAUAUGCGAAGAAACUUUGGGAUGUUUCGAUGGAUCUCGUUGGACUAGGAAAGAAUUACAACCCGUUUACUGCUGAGGACUCUGCACCAAAGCGGAACUAGAAAUAAACUAGAAGAGAUUAACAUGGUGGCGGGUGCUGGCGGCCGAGUUGCGGUGAUAAUUUAAAUAUACACUUUCAUUUAUUAUGUUACUAUACAAAAGUUUAUAUUAUUAUGUAUUUACUAAAUUAGGUUAAACUAAGUAGUUUUAUCCGCAUGGAAUUUUUUAAUUUUAAUUUUGGCCUACGAGAAACUAGAUUGGCCCGAAAUCGAAUUAGGCCGGUAACAUUUAUUCUUUAUGAGAUGAAACCUCAUAGGCGGCGUUUUGUUAUCAUAAAAUGAUAUCAAUACAAUUUAAAGUAAGCAUCACGUAAGUUAUGUAUCUUUAGAUUCAGAACGGUACGACAUAGAAACAAAGACUAAGCAGUAAUCAGUUAGAUAAUUGUAAGUUACUCAUAUACCACGAGAUUAUUAACUAAGUAUGAAGGAUAAAAUAAGGACGCUUACGCACGAAGAAUUUCGUACAUUGACCCGCUAUGUUCCUAUCUCUAUCGCACGCGCGUAAUUAUAUUGCUAUCCCUCCCAUAAUGCCGGCGGUCGAUAACACUGCGCGCGAAAGUAACGAGUAAGUUAGUACAAUUUAUAGGUUGUAAAGUAAUAGCGACUUUAUAACAUAUAAAUUGUACUAAACUACUGACAAUUCAAAGUGACGCGCACUAUUCUUGGGCAUGGCGAUACUAUAAGCAAAUAUCAAGCCCCCUCCAGACUAUGCGCGUGAAUCGCGGCGCGACUUCGCAGAGCGAACAUACCGCGACGUUGACGUAGACUCCACACUCGCACAACUUCACGGCGAUUUCGCGGUUUGGUUCGCAGCAAGGUGGUGCCGAAGCGUCAGCUGGUCGGAUUUAGUUUGCGGCAAGGUACUGAUUCAAACUGGGAACUGAUAAAUUGAUUUUUGGUUGAUCAAGUUCGCACCCAAUAUAACCAAGUAGCCGCCGUAGAAGGUUAUGACAGUUCAGAUUAACCGACUCGUGAGCGAAUCGCGGCGCGAAGCGAUCGCGAGUGUGGAGUCUUGCAAGUUCGCGCUUCGCGUCUCCUUUGACGCGGGCCAAAUACCGAAAAUAAGGCGCGAAGGCGUGAACAAUCUGCGAAAUCGACGGCCCUCCACACUCGCGUUCGCGGCUUCGCGCCUCGAUUCGCGCACGAGUGUGGAGGGCCCUUAAGAGAGUUUAGAGUCUGGGCUAUAACCGCGAAAAUCGAAGUUCGUCAAUUGCGGGCAUUCUUCUCUGUCACUCUAAUUAGGUCUUAGUGAGAGUAAAAGAGAAAGAUCCCGCAAUUUGGGAAUUUCGGUUUUCGCGGUAGGCCCCCUCUGUGCGGAAAGAGCGGUUCUGACAGCCCAUACAUACAGUGCAAGUGUUAUUCUAAACGAAAAACUUCAAUGAAAUUAUCUCGUUUACUUAACACUUGCAUACGCUGGACUAUCAAAAUCGUUGCCAGCUUAGCUUGGUCUGACUCUAGAAUGUAUUCGCUCCCAUAUAUUUUCCACGACUCUUCUAUGCCGCACAGACUCGUCUAUGGAACCCUAUAACACUGCCCACACGAUAGUAACACAUGUAGAUAUUAUUACAUUGAUAGUUCCUGGAACGUGGUUCUCAUCUCAAUAAUUCCCAUGCGGAUUAUCUUAUUCUUAAUUCGUUCUCGCACGGAAACUCCAAGUAAAACUCUCUCUCUCGCUUUUGCCGUUUGAGCACUUACGAGACCCGUUUUUCCUUCAGAUUCUAGCAGCUUAAUUAAAGCCGCCUCAAGUAGUAGAAAUAAUAAUAAUUAUUAUCUUCUGUAAUUUAACGAUUGUAACUGUAACCAACUUCAAAAUAUUCCACGGACAGCGAUGAUUGAUAGAUAACUACCUACACAAGAAUUUAAUAUGAACAAAAGCACAAUUUGCACCCUGAACGUAUUCGAGUAAAAUGAGUAUAAAACAUUUGAUUAGUAAUGGCUGUUUGUUUUGUUUAUGUCCUGUUUUUCUGUAACUAAUAAUACUCGUAGGCCAACUAAUCGGCCUUUUUUGCAUAGUCAACUUUCCCGACUAGUCGGUAUAACGGUAUAUACAUCCCUACUUAAAAUACUCUGGUGCCUAUUGUACAGCAUAGGUAGUACUCCUAGGAUUAUUUGUGGGAUAAUCCGAAUAAGUAAUACGCACAAUUUUAUUUACUAAAUGUAAAAUAUUUAUUUUAUUUUCGUGUUGUAGUCGAGCCAAGAAGGCAUUCGAACUAUACGUACUUUUUUAUAUUAUGUGACAUAAUUCAUAUGCUCAUUUGAUUUGAUAUGUUUAAUUUUUGUAUAUAAAUACAUAUAGAAAUUUAUUUUAUAGUUAACAA